AUGAGUGACGCCCACAGAGACAACGUCGCACGCUUAGAAGGAAUCAAGAAGCAUAUCGCCUACGACUUCAAAUUCGCAAGUCAUCAACCCCUUUCCCUUGCAGAGGCCUCUGUGAAAUUGCGCGCGGAAGAAUCGACGACGAAAUCAGUUCAUCCAAUCUCUGGAAAGGAUAUCCAAACCGAUGUUUGCAGAAUCGCAAGUCUUUCCCCUGUCGAGGAUGAGUUCUCACACGGUGAGAUCGAAGUCAAGGAGGGGGAAAAGUGGCUUUAUUGGGGAGUUUUUGACGGCCAUUCCGGCUGGGCGACAGCAAAAGUCUUAAGCAGUAUAAUCGCCCGACGUGUCGCGCGUCACCUCGGCACACUCACAGAUGAAAGUAUUCGAGAUGUCGAAAGCGUCAUGUCAGCAUUCGAAUCAGCUUUUCUAGAACUUGACGAUGAGAUCACGUCGGACGGAAUUGAUGCAAUGAGCGACGACAUCCCCCAUGCAGAAGCCAUGUGUCGAAUUGCUCCUACUAGCUCCGGCUCCUGUGCUAGUCUUGUAUUCCUUGAUCCUGUUUCUUCGAUGCUAUAUGCAGCGUGCUCGGGGGAUUCCAGGGUUGUGAUGGGCCAGAGUAACAAGCCGGGGGCCGGAUGGACUGCGGUCGCGCUUUCCAAAGAUCAAACUGGCUCAAAUCCUGAUGAGGUUUCUCGCAUCAAUGCUGAACACCCGGGAGAGACCCCUAUUAAAGGAGGCUGUGUUCUUGGUUACUUCAAAGAUGACUAUUUGACCCCGCCCUACAUCACCGCAAAGCCGGCCAUGCAAAGUCUGAAUCUGGUGCCAGGCAGUUUUCUGAUCAUCGCUAGUGAUGGAUUCUGGAAUCACAUGGCCUCUGACGAUGAUGCAGUAUACUGCAUGGAGACGUGGCUAGAGGAUCAGAAGAAAGAGGAUAUGAGAGGUUCUGAUUGUACAGCCACCGAGGGAGAAAUUCCCAAAUCAUCUGGCUCAACUGGAUAUGCGUACAACUGGAACGUACCCAGAGAGAAAUUUGUCGUGGAAAAUGAAAAUGCAGCAACACAUCUGGUCAGAAAUGCAUUUGGUGGAUCUAACACUGAUUUGUUCUGCGGCAUGAUGAGUCUGAAGUCACCAGACUCAAAACAAGCUCGUGAUGACACAACAGUGAUAGUUGUCUUCUUUUAA